CUUAUUUUUUAUUAUUAUUAUUCACCAUAUUCACAAUAUUCAGUUAUGGCAUGUCACUUCUUGGAACUGCAGUACUGCCCAGCUCCUGUUUCUGUCCUGUCCAACCAGUCCCACGUGAAGGAAAGCCAGCAUAGCACGUUGAAAAUGCCUCUGGCCAGAGACCUCCUCCACCCUACUAUUGAACAUGAGAGAAGACAACAUAAAAAGAAAAGACUUGUUCAGAGUCCUAACUCUUACUUUAUGGACGUAAAGUGCCCAGGCUGCUACAAGAUCACCACAGUGUUCAGCCAUGCCCAGACGGUGGUACUUUGUGUGGGAUGCUCAACUGUGUUGUGUCAGUCAAAAGGGGGAAAGGCCAGACUGACAGAGGGUUGCUCUUUCCGGAGGAAGCAGCACUAAAAAGGGACUGCACAUUCGUAAUCAUGUCUGUAAUUAAGCCACGCCGUUUCAAAAGCCCUUAUUUUUUCCAUUGAAAUAUAGCUGUGGAUUCACUAAUGGUUCUGUCACUGUACAGAUGUCCAACUUUUAUGAUAAAUUUUAAAAUGCAAGAUAAAA